AUGGCGAACAAAGAGGAAGCAAAGCAAUUAUUUUUCAAUGUCGAUCUUUGCGAACAAGCUGCACACCAUCUUGAGUUUUUGAAGACCGUUGAGAGUGUUCCUGAACUGAAACAGUCGGACAAUUUGAGGCGAGCUGUGUACAGAUACGAGACAUUGUGGCUUCCGCUAGUCGCUGUCCACCCAGAAGAAUGUCUUGCCGCUCCGCUUGAUAUUGAAUGGGUUUGGCACUGUCAUGUGUUAAAUCCGGAAGCGUAUAAAAGAGAUUGUCACACAGCUGUAGGUACCACAGUAAACCAUACGCUUUACAGUAAGAAACAGUUUCAGGAAAAACAAAACGAGUCACAAAAGUACUGGUUACAGACAUAUGAAAGCGAAGACGAACCCUUUACCAUAUAUUACACUACUCCUGGGAACCUGAAAGAUGAUGUCAAUUUCAAAUCUAAGUUUACAUAUGAUAUUGUUGCUGCGGCGGGGAGGCAGAUGGAAUUCUAUUAUCAGGUGUCCUUGCCGCACUACAAAGACAGUAAAUUCCUGGAGCACUCUCUACUAAGAUACAAACAGUUUUUAUUCAUGAAGACACAAGUGGACCAAGACUUCCUGGUCCCUUGCUAUGAUCUAGAUCUAAUAUGGCAUACACAUCUGCUAAAUCCUCGAGUUUACAGAGAGGACAUCGUCCGGAUAAUUGGUCAUUUGUUUAACCAUGAUGACAAUGUUGGUGGUCGUAAUGAAGAUUCUAAGCUAAACAACGCUGGGAAACAAACAAGUGAAAACUGGAAGACUUUAUAUGAGGAGAGUUAUUCAUCAUUUGGAGCAAUGUAUCGUGGUAAAUCCCCAGUGGGACGUCUUCACAAUACCAGUAUCAUCAACAUGAUGCCAUUUGUCAACAAAAGAGCAUAUGCUGUCAGUGGUGGACCAAUCAAUAUGCAGGUUGUACUUGGCAACAGUAUCACAUUAGAUAUUGAAGGAAGUUUCUCCGCGCCUAAAUGUCAGCAUAAACUCGAAGUAGAAAAACUUCUUCAUGGAAAGGCGAUGCUUUGCUUGGAGAAAGGAAAAUACGAGACGGUAAUCAUUUCAGAUGAUAUUCAAGAGCUGUUUGGACCUAUAGCGCUAGAAAGACGUCCUGUGUCCGCCAGCAUUGUUUGUCAAGCUGCAACUCACCGAUUGAAAACUAUGAUUUCUGGUACCACUGUAUUCACUGUCAGGGUCAUGCACAGUCAACCGAUGAUUAUGUCCGUUAUUCAAGUAUUCAGCAAUGACAAGAUGAUCGCUGUUGCACACCUCAUAGCUUCUGAUCAACUUCCGCUGCCAACGCAAGUGAAUCAGGAUGAAGUUACACUGAACCCAAAGCAGGGAGAGAGGGCGGUACUUAUAAAGAACAACCAAGGUGAUUGGGGAAUAUUGUUAGGUCGAUGGAAAGGUUUCAAGAGAGGAGUUGCAGGAAAAUACAACGAAAUAGAACUUUUACCUGCAACCAUUAUCAUUAUGAAAAGUUGUUACCUUAGUUUUUCUGUUAAACUGUUUUAUUUUUCCAUGUAUAUUUUUUUUUUUAUCUUAGGUGAGGCAGCUAUAUAUGGUAGUCCUGGUACAAUUUCCAUCAAGUUUUAUAAAUUUUCUACAGAGAAAUCUAUAACUCUUCCUUACCAUUCAAGCCACAUGACCGUCUCACUGGAUUCUGCUGAAGUCGAUCUCUUGAGCGGUGUUAUUGAAAUUGAUACAUCAAGUACGGAAGUAGCAGAGAACAUAGCAAUGGCAUUUUCCAUUUCACUUCUACAUGUUUUAUGUAUACCUAGACCUGCGGGAUGGCAAGAAGGACAAACGGUUGAAAUAGGACACGUAAUUCGGGGUAAGAGACCUUUGAUCACAAUCCCCACGGAUAGAAUGGCGUUCAUAAUAGCAGCCGGAUUACAGUGCAGUACACCGUCUAAUCACUACAUGAGUAGUAACUAUAGAAACAAGAUGUGCACUAUGUGUGGUGGAAAUGUAACAAAGUAUGGAGGUGACUGGGCAGAACUUCCUGGCAAGGAUGAUGGAGAUCCAAAUUGUAAUGGAAUUGGCUGUGGUGGUAGAAAUAUAGGAAAUGAUAAAGAAUUUAGUGCUGGUAUUGUGGGGGCAGGUUGUGGGGGAUGCGGUGGUCGAGUUUGUCGUUCCGAAUGCGGAGGGUCGUGUGGUUCUGGUAAAGGCCAAUGUGCAGGUGCUUAUAUAGGGCGCAGUUGUGUUAAAUCCGGUAACGACCGUGAUAAUGCUGGUAAUGACAAUGGUGGAGGUAGUCCUACAACGUUCACUGCUAGCUUUGAUGCGGCCUUUUCUGAAUGUGACAUUGACACUCACAGCGGUGGGAGUGGAGGUGGAGGAGGAGGGUCUUGCGGAGGAGGAGGCGGAGGAGGAGGAUGUGGAGGCGGAGGUGGAUGUGGAGGAGGAGGAUGUGGAGGAGGAGGGUCUUGCGGAGGUGGAGGAGGAGGAGGAGGAUGUGGAGGCGGAGGUGGAUGUGGAGGAGGAGGAUGUGGAGGAGGAGGAGGAUGUGGAGGUGGGUGCGACUAA